AUGGAAAACGAUGUACAGGCUACAAAUUCCUUCUCCAAUAGUAGCUUGGUUAUGGGUGAGAGAUUUUGUAAUUUAUUGUUUGUUCUAUGAAGGAUAUUACAGAAGACGCGCUCGAUACAAUGGCUAGUUCUUUGCAAAUUCCAGCGUUCAGAAGAAGGAAAAAUUCGGGAAUGAUCGAAAGAAGUGUCAGCACCAAUGAUUUGCAACGUGCGUUUUCAUUUUAGAAUAGAAUUUGAUUUGUUUAUUUCAGAAUCCAGUUUCUUUCCAAGAAAUAUGGUUGAUCGCAAUUGUCAAUCUCUCAGAAUGCACUCUAAAGAACAAGGAAUAGGUUUUAAAAAUUAAAUUAAAAAAAAGAAGUUUUUCCGUUUCAGAUUCGGAGCUGGGAAACAAAAAAACUGAUGAAAAGAUAUGCGUCUUUGGAAUCAUUGCUGGAUAUGCAAAAAGCACUGAUGGAGAAUUCGAAAAAGUUGGACGCAGUCUUGGAAAAAAGUAAGUGAUUUUGUAAGAGUGGAUCGUGAGAUCAAAAAAUGGAACGUAAGAUCAAAAAAUAACGCGCGGCAAAAAAAAAAACAAUGCUCCGGUAUGCGGCAGAAGUGCGCUGCACCGAACACACACCGCAAAGUGUUUUUCAUCACUGCGCGUUGGUCCGUGAUAGUUUCUCAUCACAAAUCGACGUUCCAUGCCUUUCCUUAGCAAAAUUAUAUUUUCCACUGAGCAAUUGGUGAAAACUGUUCAUCACACUUUAAGGGGACUUCAAUGUUUCAGUAAGAAUUUGUUUAAUUUGUUGUUUUGAAUAUUUUCAUUGUUUUCAGACGGAGAAACAGCUCAAGUGAGUGGAGACGAAAAGCCGAGCAAUCAGAGUAGUGGUAGUCAAUCGUAUGAAUCUCUCGAAGUGGUCGAAUCAAGUGCCGACGUUCCAACUGUUAGGGAAAACGACAGCAUGACGAUUGGGUUUGUUUUCUGAUAACAUUCGCAUAUCGAUCAAUAUGUUUUAACUUAUAGCCUUUCGGGUGCGUUGACUGUCAUAACAAAAGUCAACUCUCUUCUGGCGUCCGCAAGGGACAAGCUUCUUGGUCGUCGUUGGAUUCCAACCGACCAUGCGGAAACUGUCAUCGUUCCAGAAGACCUGGCCCCCGAUUGCAAGGUUUUUUUGCACGAAAGAGCAGUAAAUAAUAAAAAAUUUUUAGAUUGUUUACCCUGAAAAUUUCGCCCCAAAUCGUCUCAUGGUUGUUCUUCUUAAAUCGGACAAAUCGAAUGAGCAAUACGAGACAAUUUAUCACCUUGUUUACGCCAAGAAUGGUUUUAAAAACAUUACUCUCUAUUCUAAUCAAUUCAUUACAGGACAUGCACUGCCUACAAUGUACAGCAUUUACCGUUGCAAGGACAUCAAAGAAGCGCACGAUUUAUUCCAUAAGUGUUAUGAUUCGCUCAUUCUUUUCGAUACGAUCAGUUCGUUAAAUGCAAAGUAAACUGUAAAUAGAUAAACUGCAGAUCCCGAAAGAAUGAAAGUCCGCGAAGGAAUGGAAAAAAUUUUCCGCAAAAUCAAGACCAGGCCUCUUUACCAAACUAUCCACAUUGCGAUCGCUUGCGACAGGGUCGACUACUUUGGGGAAGCUGUCGUGGAAAUGCUGCGCAGGGCCGGCACCCCAAUUGAAACGUUAGUUAAAGAUUUUUUUUGUUGAAUGCGGUCAUGAUAAUGACCAUGAUACACAUGACUUUCAAUAAAAUUUUUAACGAUUUCUCAAUUUUUCUUUUCAGGCAAUUCCAACAGUUUUGCAUCUGCGAGGGAUGUUUCCCCUUACAAUUGGCCAUCCGCUUCGACAGAUAUCUGAUCGUUGCCCGGAUGCUCCAGCUGAAAGCCGAUGUCAUGAUAAAAGAUUGGCAUGGGAACAGCGUUCUCCACACGGCAGCGCUCAACAGCGUCCGAAUGCUCGAAGUUUGUAUUCAACAAAAGAAAGACAAUUGUGUCUCUUCAGUUUGUAGUUAUCCAAGAGUUCCACUUGUGAUUUUGUAGCAACAGAAGUGCGAAAGCAAAAAGAAUCCAGUUCUCUUUUUUCCCAGAAGUUUGUAGUUUCGCAGAAGUUUUAUUGUUGCUAGGUUAUUUUGUCAUAAGAUCUGCGAACAAUAGACAGAAUCCUUUUCAUGCUGGAUAUGUACUUCCUGCAUACCUCUUUUCCUUUUUCUUUGCAUUAUGCACGCCAUUCGAAAGUCUCUAAUCCCGGCUCAAGCUCAUCCCACUUGCAGUUGCUUUGGAGUGAGACGCCGCAAGUGCUGCCGUUGAUCGACGAAAUCAACCACGAUGGGCACACGCCGAUAAUUGUUGCUGUGAGGGCUGGAAAUCCGCGAAUCACGUCGACCUUGCUCGGAUUCGGCGCUAAGCUGGCCGUCCGCGGAGUUCCUCGUUCGCCUCUUUUUGAGGCCAUGAACGUCAAAAACAGCGCUGGGUAAAUGAAAGCUCAUAGGAAAAUGAAUUUUUUCAAAUUUCAAAAAAGCUACUUUGCGGUCCGAUGAACUUUCAAUUUUUCCUCCAGUUAGAUAGUUCCUAUCCAUUUUAUUUAGGUGCGCAACUUUACGGGAAAUUUCGUUAACUUAUGUGAGAUAGUAAAAAAAUAAUAAUUUUUAUCAAAACUUUACGAUUAACUAGCUAAAGUGUUUCGAAAAAAAUACUUGAAAAAGGGUAAUCAUUUGAAUUUUUUUUAAUGCAUUUUUCAAAAUUUGUUACAAGUACUCAAAUAAUAAAAUUUUCGUUAACAAGUUCUAGAACAAAAUAAAUUGCAGUUAAAAAAAGUCAAAACUUUUUUUAUUUCGAGCAACUUAGGGACAACUUCCUUUACUUUUUUUUUGCAAUUUCGUUUUAAUCCAACCAGUCAUUAUAAUUUGUUUAUUUUUUCAGUGUCGUGGAUGUCCUUGUCAAUGCUUCUCCUGAAGUCGCGCACGAGCGUGACGUCUUCGGGAACACGGCCAUUCAUGUAGCGGCCUACAAAGAGUCUCUGGCAGCUCUUUUGGCUCACAAAACAAAAUUCGACUUUGACUUGGACUCAAGAAACCAUUUCGGUGAAACUCCUCUUCACUGUUUCGUUCGUAAGGUUGAGAGGAAGAUAAGUAUCAGAAAGAAAACAGCAAAGUUAAGGCAACUGCCCAAACCCUUCCACUGGUCAUGCUCAUCGUUUCUCAUGGUUGCAAUGUCAACGAUGCCGAUAAUCACGGAGAUACCGCACUCCACAAAGCGGUUGUUUCCCGGAAUGUCAACCCUUUGGUGAGUUCUGACAACAUGGAAAUGCUCUUUUCAAUGACAAAUUAAUUCCGAAACUCAUCUUUUUAGAGCAUCCGAUUCUUGCUUUGCGCUGGAGCUAAUCCCAAUAAGGUCAACAUGCGUGGCGAAUCUCCUCGACACAUUGCAGCUAGAAUUCAAAAGUGAGACAUUCUUGAACAAAAUUAUUGAGAAUAGUGUUAAAAACUUUCAAAUGUAGAAAAUCUCCUAAAAAUAACCCACAUAAAAUGAUUAUUUGUUUCAGCAUUGAUGCUAUGAAGGAUUUGAUCAUCUGUGGUGCUACUCGUUGUGCCAAAGACACUUCGGGAUGUGUGAGCGACUGCGUGAAUCUUGAAACGAGAAGCGUUUCUGACGUGGAUACGCGAAUUUUGCAUCUCACUCCAUUGGCCAUCGACGACUACCUGGAAGCCGACUACGAAGGCGCUACUCUGGACCAUUCUGAGAAGGUUUUUCCUCAAAUAAUGAAAAAUGAAAAGUAAAAUUGAUUUCAACUACGAUAAAACUGGAAAUGUAUAUCCAAUCAAUAUUUGAAAUGAUCAUUUCAGGAAACGUUCAACGAGCGUCUUGCCGAAGAGUUUGCACAGAAGCCAAGGAAGAUGGUGAACUUGCUGUCGAUGGACGGCGGUGGCAUCCGGGGACUUGUCAUUAUCCAGGUAAACAUUUUUACUUCAUUUUCAAGCAUUUCCGAAAUUUUGCAGACUAUGCUGGAAAUUGAGCGUCGACUCGGUGAGCCACUGUUUCCGUAUUUCGACUGGGUCGCUGGAACUUCUACUGGAUCUCUCAUUGCCGCAGCUCUUUCUAAAGGUGGAAUUUUGAAUUACCUCAGAAAUAAUUUUACUUUUCAGGCCUUUCACUUCAGCAGCUUCUGCUUUCCUACAUUAGAUUCAAGGAUCAAGUUUUUGAGGGUUUCGCUCCGCCUUUUGAUACUCGCCUUCUCGAAACUUUCAUCAAGGAACAGAUUGGAGAAGGACCAAUUUCCGAUUUGAAAUAUCCGAGGUUAUUGAACUCGAAACUUUUUCAUAAAUUGCAAUUUAACAGGUUGAUGGUGUCGGCUGUGAAUGCGCUAAGGUUCCCGGUGAAGCUUGAGUUUAUGCGUAACUAUUCUCCAAAUGAUGUGGAUGCUUCGGAAGGUUCAAAGCCAGUAUAAAUUGGUUUGAAAUAUUUUAUUUUCCAGAAAUUCCCUUGUGGGUUGCUUUGCGUCGAUCUACUUCUGCUCCUGUGUUCUUCAAUCCGUGUGAUGAAUACAUCGACGGCGGUAUCAUUGCAAACAAUCCGACUUUGGAUCUUCUUACUGAAGUUCAAAAGUUCAAUAGCAAGGCUAAGCUUCAGGUUUCUACUGUUCUGAAAGAAGGUUUCAUUAACAACUUGCAGGAAAAGAAAGAAGACCACAAAGUGGAAAUCAAUGUUGUCCUUUCUCUGGGAACCGGCCAAAUCCCGUUGUCCCCAAUGAUGCCUUUGUUGCUCGAUUCUGCUCGGCCUUUGCAGUCGAUGCUUGCAUUCAAGAACCUGUCGAUGAUUUUUGUCGAUCAGGUGAGAUACUGGCAAUCAACUUUUUUUUAUUUGAAAAUCCAGGCGACCGCUUCGGAAGGAGCUCCCGUCACUCGUUCGCGUGCGUGGUGUGACGCCCUUUCAGUCCCAUUCUUCCGUUUGAGCGCUCAUCUUUCUCAUGUUAGUUUUUUUUGGAUAUCUUUUUCAAGUUCUGGAAAAAAAAAUCACAUCAAUUGAUUUUCCAGGCCGUUCAACUCUGCACAACGAACGACGUGGAUGUAGUGACGAUGAUGUGGGAUACGUUGAAAUACUGCCGCAAGAACCAGGACUACCUUGACCAGAUCUGCGCAAUGCUCAAACACGACCCGAAGCACGUCCAGCGAGGCUCUCCUUUUGCCAAAGGAUCCACGGUUCAGUCCUACAUGGACGGAACUCCUGCCAAACAGCACUCGAUUGUGUAA